GCAAAUGAUGGCUGUGUUUAACAGACGACCGGUUCAGGUGGUUCUCAUUGUGGGUGUGACCACCCUGCUGACAUCAUAUUUGAUUAUAUUCCAUAACUGCCACGAAGAGCAUACUAAAGAAGUUCCCACGACACUAAAUCUGAGGUUGACACCAUCCAGACCUUCUUUGUCUCUUGGUCCAUGCACCUGUCCUGACAAAUCAGUACUCCUCAAAGAUGUCCUCCCCAAGGAACAGCGCGAGGAGCUGGUGCAACGCCGAGCUAAAGAGUUCCAACAAUACAAAGCUAGGACUACGUCUGUAUUAUCCACGCUGCUGUUUGCUUUGCCUAACUCUCCUUUGCAGUAUCCUAUCCAGGGUUUUACAGUACGACCUUUGACCUCCACCUUGAUACCAGGUUUAGCGCUGCAUGCAGGACAAAGAAGCAGUUACAAGGUGUUAUUGAAUGUGUCUAAAGGUGUCCUGAAUACAGAGAAUCCACCUGAAGGGGUGACAGUCCAAGGUGAUGGAGAGGCAGGGUUGAUUAUGGAGUCUACCAGCUUGGUGAACCUAAACCUGCUGCUGGCUGGAGUGUCCUAUACCAGCUCCAUGUACCAUAUACACACCGGAGACCUCGCAUCCUUCCUGUAUGAGAACCACGAAGCUAUGUUUCCCAUUACCAUCAAACAGCCUAAUCUGCCAGUCCUGUACGACAUGGGAACAGAUAUCAGAUCUCACGUCACCAUCACUACAAAGACAUUCCUGCGCUAUCCACAACUCAAGGUGCUGUUGAGCAGCAUUCGGAGUUUCUAUAGCAACAUAGAAGUCAUUAUUGCAGAUGACAACUUUGAACCAGAACACAUUAAAGGAGAACACAUCAAGCAGUACAUCAUGCCUCCAGCGCAGGGCUGGUUUGCUGGCAGGAAUCUGGCUGUCUCCCAGGUAACCACCAAGUACUUCCUGUGGGUGGAUGAUGACUUUGUGUUUACGGAGAAGACGAAGAUAGAGAAGCUGGUGGAGGUGAUGGAGGCCGUCCCUGAACUGGAUGUGCUGGGUGGAUCAGUGCAAGGGAACCAGUUUUACUUCUCUCUUCGCUAUGAAGAAGGACAAGAAAUGGAUGGUGGCUGCCUGCACAGGAAGAUGAAUGAGAAGUUCCACUCACUUCCUGGUUACCCACAAUGCUUUCUAGCCAAUGGGAUGGUCAACUUCUUCCUGGCUCGUACAGAUGCUGUAAUGAAGGUGGGAUUUGACCCCAAGCACCAGAGGGUAGCACACGCAGAGUUCUUUAUGGAUGGGCUUGGCUCCUUGCUGGUUGCCAGCUGUGGCCACGUGUCCAUUAACCACAAUUCCCAAAAUACCGCCAACAAGGUUCAAUACGCCCGUUUUGAUGCAAAAUGCAGCUUCACUUCUUCAAAAACCAUCUAAAGUGUGUCCUAUAUGAGUAGAAGAUGACGAGAGGAAACUGAGGUCACUGGUUGUAGUUAUCCAACAUAUUGAUUUGUCUAAUCAACAUGUCUGGCUUUAUUGUUGAAUAUAAUUAGGUAUCAUCUGCAUAGCAAUGACAGUAAAUAGAGUCAUUCCUAAUAAUUUUGCCUAAAGGAAGCAUAUAUAAGCGAAAUGGAAUUGAUGGUUAGCACAGUCACCUCACAUCAAGAGGUUUCCUGGUUAGAACCUUAGCUGGGACCUUUCUGUUUGGAGGUUGCAUGUUCUCCAGCUUCCUCCCACAGUCCAAAGACAUGCAGGUUAAUUGGUGACUCUAAAUUGCCCGAAGCCGUUAAUGUGAAAGUGUCCUCCUGCAUUACAAAACAAGUUGCACACACUACACUCCCUAGGGUUUUUUUAAGUCCUUGCCUUUCCAGCUGCUCAUUUUAAUCUUCUUUUUAUUUGUGAUAUAGAGCACACAUUAAAUGUGCAUCCAUUGUUAUUGAUAUGAUGAUGAGCCCUUGAAAGCUUUUAAUGUUGUAGCACUUAAGAGUAGUAUACAGACCACUUUUUGGAUGUCUUUCUGAAUCAUAUUUUUACUCUUGGUCUUGGACAAAGUAGACUCUGAAUUAUAUUUCAAGUCACAACUGCAAGUAUACAAUCAUCUGUGCAUUAUCUGAUUUAUUAAUUAAUAUCAUUCAUGUGAUUUGACCUAAAACUUCCUGCAUCAAAUGCAACCAAUGACGUAUUUCUAAUUUGAUAGAUUUGUUGUUUAGUGCUGUUGCUGCUUUACACGCACUUCAAGAACGUGAAUGUGGGAGAAAGAGGAGCAACGUCAGCCAAAUCUUCUGUAAUAAAAUUUGACUUCCUAAACCACAAAGACUUAUGCAAAACAGCGUCCCAAAGAAAACACUGAGACAAAUAUUAGCUACCUAGUAUUUACUCAGUCUCACCCUGCCUCGGUCUUGCCUUGGACUUGAUGUACUCUGGUCUUGGUUUAGGUGGUCAUGACUAUGUGAUGCAGGGUCAUGUAGGCUGCCCUACAUGCUAGUAAAUUAGCUGGCCUACCUGUCUCUGAAUGGUCAGACAGCCAAGUUUCAAACUAUUACUGUUCUUACAUCCUGGGGAUAGAUGGGGAUUUUGUUAUUUUUUUCAUUAUUUUUAUUUGCUUAUGUAAGACAUGUGACUUUAAAUGUUUACACAGUACAGUUCAUCCCUGUUAUGCCAGCAAUAAUACCGUUCGCACUAUUUAAAGAGUGUCAUGACGCACAAACAAAACACCAACAUAAGAGAACUGAAGUUGACCUACAGUCAGGACUAACCAGGGACGAGGAUCCUAAUUGUCUCUGAGUUGGAAAAAUGUCACCAGCCGCUCCUGUCAGUCUGUUUACUGAUGUGUUUUUUUUGUUAUCAAUAGGUGAGAUAGUGAGGUUAGACAAUAUAGGCUU